AUGGGCUCCUUGUCAGGGAAACCCAUCACAACCAAAGCACUUGUUGUUGACAAGCCUGGUGCCCCUUUCGUCCUGGAGGACGUCGUUUUGGACAAGCUACGCAACAACGAGCUUCUGGUCGACAUCAAGUACUCUGGGCUAUGCCACACUGACCUCGUCAUACAGCAUGGCAAGAUGCCGAUUGGCGGGUUUCCCGUGGUAGCUGGCCAUGAAGGUGCUGGAGUCAUCCUCGAGCUCGGCAGUGGGCUUGAGAGCUCAGGACUAAAAGUGGGUGAUCGAGUGUUGCUCGGCUUUGCCUCUUGCAUGACCUGCAGAGGAUGCCAGGAAGGCAGCAAAGGAGCUUGUGACAAUAUCGCCCUCACCAACUUCGGGGGAACAAGAGGCCUCGAGGAUACUUCUAUCCGCCGUCCCAACGGCGAUUUCAUAAGAGGUCCCGUGUUUGGUCAGUCGUCCUUCUCCAAGCUGGCGAUUUGCGACGCCAGAGUUGCGGUCAAGUAUCCUGGCCCAGUAGAAGACUUGUCAUUUCUGGCUCCCCUGGGCUGCGGGUUUAUGACGGGCGCCGGCACAGUGUUGGAAGUCCUGAAACCGAAGUCGAACAACAGUAUUGCCAUCCUGGGGCUCGGUGCGGUGGGCCUUUCUGCUCUCAUGGCCGCCAAAAGCCUGAACGUGGCUGACAUCAUCGCCAUCGAUAUUGUUGAGUCGAGGUUGGAGUUGGCGAAAUCUCUGGGAGCAACUCAUGCGUUGAACGGGAAAAAGUACAAGGACGUUGAAGCUGCCAUUCGCGAGGCCUCUGCUCUAGGUGCUGAUUGCAUAGUGGAUACUACGGGCGUGACGGCCAUGAUCAACAGUGGCAUCAGGGCGCUGGCUCAGCAGGGGACGUUUGCCAUUGUGGGAACCCCUGUGCCAGGAGAACAUCUCAGCGUUGAAGGGAUGGAUAUGCUCAUUCACUGCAAGAAGAUCAUUGGAGUUACAGGUGCCUAUGCUAACCCCCAGGAGCUUAUACCGCGCCUUGUGAAGAUGUUUCAGGAGGGAUCGUUCCCCAUCGACGGACUGUCUAAGACUUACCCCCCAAUGGAGAUAGAUCAGGCAAUCGACGAUAUGAAGUCGGGAAAGGUGAUCAAGCCAAUUCUUGCUUGUAAAAUUGAGUACGCUAUCAUGAAUUGGAAUACCCAGCCAUGGCGGCAUUGUGUGUCUACGGGUGGUAUGGGAAUAAACUCUGCUGUCAAAGACAUUAUUCGAGGCCUACACCUAGCCUAUACCACAAAGCUCAAUCCUGGCGGUUACCCCAGAAUCUGCCCAGGUCUCUGUGUCCCGGAAGGGGUACCUGCGUUCUGCAAGCGAAACUCGCGUAUUCGCAAGACUUUGCCUGGAUGGGCUACCGACGGAACAGUGUCCGGAACAAAAUCUAGAAUCUGUUUCUUGGCCUCCUUGGACCUGGGGAGCCGAAGGCUUCCUAGCAGUAUACCCCAUCCGGACGUACAGGAAUUCUUAAGGCCUACGACAUAUACAGAUUUCACAAUGGGCAAGUCUCGAGAAGACAUCCAGCAACCUGCCUCAGCCAUGGAACCGCUUGACGAGGAGAUUGUCGUAUGGAACCACAAAAAGGAGUUCGCGCUCCUCUUGGUCGGUCGUCCUAUUUGCUGCAAAUACUUUUGCCAAAUGCUGUUCAUCGUGGGUGCCGGCGUCUACGCCCGAUCCAUUGCAGCCGUCGUUGGAGGAGAAGCGAUCUCCUCCUGGCCUGCAACGGCCAUAAAUAUCCUCACCGCUGCCACAAUCCCUCCCAUCGCACGAGCUGCUGAUCUCUGGGGACGCAAAUGGUUCUUGGUUGUGCCGACUUCACUGGGUUUCGUUGGGAGUAUCAUCGUCUCCAGAGCGUCUUCCAUGCAGAUGGCGAUUGCAGGCUUCGUUUUGGGCGGCGCAUCUUUCGGUGCUCAGCCGCUUGUCCAUGCUGUCGCUUCCGAAACCAUGCCCCGCAAGUUCCGGUCUUUCGCCCAGGGUGCCUGUAAUGCUGCUAUUGCUUGUGGCUCUCUCUUCAGUCUGCUCGUUGGCGGAGCCUUGACCAACAACAAUCCCGAGGGAUUCCGGACUUACUGGUACAUCUGUGCCGGUAUCUACGCUCUCUCAACCCUCAUGCUGGCGACUCUCUACAACCCACCACCGAGAGAAGAGCAGAUAUCCUUCACUUUCGGCGAGAAGAUUCGCAGCCUUGACUGGAUUGGUUUCUUCUUGUACAUCGCCGGCCUGGUGCUCUUCUGUUUGGGUUUGUCUUAUUCUCAAAAUCCAUUCGACUGGCCCAAUGCCCAUAUCCUGGCCCCGUUUCUCAUUGGAGUGGUCUUCAUCCUCAUCCUCAUCGGUUACGAGUGGAAGAUCAAGAAAGAUGGACUUUUCCACCACGGGUUGUUCCAGAACCGGAACUUCCCCAUUGCGCUGGUGGCGGUCUUCAUCGAGGGGUACAUCUUUAUGUCUGCCAACAUCUACUUCCCCUACGCAAUGGAGAUUGUCGUUACGGGGAUCUCGACCUUCCGCGUCCUGGUCUGCUACAGCAUUGCAUUCAUCUGCCUCUUUGCCAUGUCGUUCCUCAUCGGAGGCUACAUCUAUCGAACCAAGACGGUGCGACCUACAGCGAUAGCUUCGAAUGCUGCCUUCGUCGUAUACGCCGCGCUCAUGGCUUCAGUCACCGCGAGCACACCCGAGUCUCAUUUUUGGGGCUAUGUCACGUUCUACGGCUCUGGUCUAGGGUGCGGUGUCAUAACGCUCUAUACCACCGCCCAACUGUCCACCCCACCGGAGCUCAUUGCCGUCACUUCAGGUCUUAUGGGCUCAAUCAGAAGUACAGGCGGCUCGGUUGCGGUUGCCAUCUACGGAGCCCUGUUCAGCCAAGGGCUCUCGAAGAACCUUUUCCCCAAGGUGGCGAACGCCGUCAUCCCCUUGGGUGUUUCUGAGGAGACUGUCGGCCCAUUGAUCGCCGAUUUGAGCGCUGGUUCCGCCGAAGCUGCACUCAAGCUACCUGGUGUUACUGUCAAUGUUUUGGCGGCGGCAGGCGAAGCCCUGAAGUCGGCCUACGUGGUCGGGUUCCGUGAUGUCUACAUAUGUGCCGCUGCAUUUGCAGCCCUUGGCCUUGUGGCUACGAUCUUUCUGAAGGAUCCAAGGAAAGAAUUUAAUGCCAAGAUCGAUGCACCUCUUGAUCGCAUCGAGGUGAAGUCUGUGGAUUCCGGAACGACAGGAGAGUCAAAGCACGUGGAGGCGACGACGCUUGAAGCUUAG